UUUCAUCUUAUUUACAGUGCCAUGACUGAGAAUUUCCAAGGAGCAAACUUUACACACACAAACUUUAUUUUUGUUGGAUUCCCAGAGACUUUUAAAUACAGACACGUGCUUUUCCUGCCAUUUCUUCUCAGUUACCUUUUAGUUCUUGUUGGAAAUACGUUAAUACUUUUUGUAAUCAAAAACACAAAUACACUUCACAGUCCAAUGUAUUUACUUGUGUCUGCCUUAGCAGUGGUUGACAUCAUUGUACCUACUGCCAUUGUUCCUGUAAUGCUUUUGAGCUUUCUCUUUGACCUAAAUGAAAUAACUUUGGUUGGAUGUUUAACACAAAUGUUUUUCAUUCAUUUCUUUUCCUCAGUAGAGUCUACUAUACUUCUAGCAAUGGCUCUGGAUCGUUAUGUAGCAAUCUGUAAUCCACUUCGUUACACAACAAUUAUGAACUCCUCUAUGUUUGUAAAACUGCUUAUUUUUACUUUAAUCAGGAGUGGAACAAUGAUGUGCACGUUGAUUGGUUUGGCUGCAUCUUUGUCUUUUUGUGGGUCAAAUAUUAUCCACCAUUGUUACUGUGACCACAUGGCUCUUGUCAGCCUAGCCUGUAGUUCUACUGCCAGAAAUGCUGCAGUUGGGAUUGCUGUGAUUGUUUGUUUUGUUGGAAUUGAUAUAUCUGUGAUUUUUGUCUCUUAUGUGAAAAUCCUGUUUGUAGUGCUAAGGGCUGCUGCAGGAGAGCAAAGAUCAAAAGCAAUUCAUACUUGUAGUAAUCACUUAAUUGUCAUGAUGUGUUUUUAUUUCAUAGGAAGUGUUACUUUUCUCUCAAGAAAUCUUCAAAUUCCAAUUCCAGUUGAUGUUAAUACCUUUCUGGGAGUCACAUAUAUUCUGUUUCCUGCUUGUAUAAAUCCAAUUAUCUAUGGUGUCCGAACCAAAGAGAUAAAGAUUGCACUGAUCAAAAUAUUCAAAUUGCAUGUAAAUAGAAUUUUCACUGUAAAGGUUUCAACUGUCAAGUUAUGA